AUGGCGGACGACACACUUGAAAUAGGCUCAUCAGCUGAGGUUUUGGUCAGCCUGAAAGAAGGGAAGGGAACAUCUUACAGAUCACCACCUCGAAGCCGAAAUCCACCAAGAAUAAGAAAAAAGAACCAAAAAUUUUAUAACGAUGACGAGGAUACAUCUUACUCACCAUCAAAGUCCCCUCGCAGGACGAGCAGAGCACCCUCCUCACUUAGAAGCAGAAAUACAAAGAUUCUCCUAAGUUCCUCUGAUAAGAAGUCUGCUCAAGCUAUUGGAGUUCGCCUCAGAAAUCUCCUCAAGCUUCCAAAGGCUCACAAAUGGGUUUGUUACGAAUGGUUCUACUCUAACUUGGAUAUACCAUUAUUUCUGGGUGAGAAUGACUUCUGUAUCUGUGUCAAAGAAACGUUCCCACAGCUGAAAACAAAGAAGAUCAGACGUGUGGAGUGGAACAAGAUUCGUAGAUUGAUGGGGAAGCCAAGAAGAUGUUCACCAGCAUUCUUUGCGGAGGAAAGGGCAGCACUGGAGCAGAGGAGAAACAAAAUCAGACUUCUACAACAGCGUAAGCUAUCUGAGUUGAACAGCUUUAAGGAUCUUCCAGAUGAGAUCCCUACACAUCUUGUCAUAGGAACCAAAGUAACAGCACGACUAAGGAGGCCUCAGGAUGGCUUGUUUACUGGUACAGUGGAUGCCUUAGAUACAGUAAACAACAGCUAUCGUGUGACGUUUGACAGACCUGGUCUUGGCGUUCACUCAAUACCAGACUAUGAAGUGCUUAGUAAUGAAGACAUUGAGACUAUCCCUCUCACAGCCUUCCAACAGAAACAUCGGCCCAGACAAGCCAUCUUCUCACCCCCCAGAUUUGUACCCAGUCUAGGUUCACCUAAUCCUCACCUUGACAAUGAUCCAUUGUUGAGUGGGUCACCAUUCAAAGGUCGAUUGAUGAGUCUGGAAGGAGGAACAUAUGGUGGCUUCCCCAUCAAAUUCUUAGUUCAAGUUACAAAAUUAUCCAAGAUUCUCAUGAUCAAGAAAGACUGGGUCAAACAGUUAAAAACAAUGAACACAGAGGCUGAAAAGAUGAAGUCCUUCCUAGAACCUAUAUCUCCGGAGUUCCAGAGGAAGUACGCCAAUGCUGUAUUACAGCUAGAGGAUCUCAACAGAGAGCUGAACGAGUGUCUGAUAGGGGUACAGCAAUACUGUCAGGAGAUUGCUCCAGAACAGGGCCUAACUCCCUUGGACCAACCAUCAGAGAUCAGGACCAAGUGUGAUGAUGAAGCAGAGGAAAUGGUUUCCAGAAUAAGUGGGACCAUGUUCCACAACCGAAAGAAGAAUCCUAAAGUGAUGGACCUCAUAGCUGGUUUAACUUCUCUAAUGUUACAAGUACGGACGUUUUCAGAAACAGAGUUGAACUCUUUUGAAUUCAAGUCAUUACAAGACACGUUACAAGAUGUUAAGAGUCGAUUGGAUGGGAAUAGCUUGAAUGCCUUCAAGAAUAACGUAGACAUCCACAUUAAUCACAUUCAGAGUGGACUCAGCCAGAUGGGAAAUCUUCAUGCCUUUUCUGCUACUUCAUUCAAUGUCUGAUGUUCCCUGUUACUGAACUGGACCAUGACAAUUAUGGCCACGUAGUAACUGAUUUAACUGAUUCAGAUUUGACUAGGGCCAUAGCAACUGUUGCCAUGUCGUUGCUGAUUACGACUCAAAUGGGACUGUAGCAACUGUCGCCAUGUAAAAUCUGUUGGUUUUGGCAUUUGUGUUCUGAAUUAUGGAAGAUCAAAUGUAAACAUAUAUACACUAAUCAAUUAUCUUAAAAUCUGAAAAAUGUCUAUAAGACUUAAUAAAUCAUCAAUGUUUAAAGUACAUAAUCAGUUCAGCUUUGAUAUUAGGACCCAUGGUGUCUAAUAAAUUUUUCAGUCCUUAUGUAAUAUUAGUUCUUCAUUGGUCAUUGAUACUGAUGGAUUCUUUUUUGUCCUAUUGAUUCUAAUAGUUGCUAUUCUUCAUGACUGGGGAACAUUAUGAAAACACAGACAUGGAAGUUUUAUCUAAAAACAUUGUGCAAUAUAAUGAAAAUGUCAGAAGGAAAUGAUAGACAUGUUUAAAGAUACAUGUUGUUUUACAUAUUAUGUAAUAAAUCAGAAUUAGAUAUAUUCCAGAGUGAAUAUGUUAUUAAUGAUUGAUAAAUGUGGACAUGGCAAAAAUAAAUAUCAAUUAAGUUUAAAGUAGAAGAGGAUGCUUUAUGUCCUGCACAAUAUAUUUAAAUUGAAAUGUGACAAGAACAUUACUCUGUUUUGUAGAAAACAAGUUGUAGGAGAAUAUCUCCCAGCCUUAACCCCCACUUACUUUCCAUGCUAUUUUGGUAUAAAAUACUGCAUUAGUUCUAUAUUUCUGACAUCGUAUAUUUCAACAAUAGCCUUAUCUAUACAACAGUUAGAUAUAUAUGUAAUUUUAUUAGUGGAUCAGGUCCAUUUUGGGAUUUUUUUUUAUGAUUUAGUCCUUGCUAUAAUUAUAAUGUUAAGUGUUGUUAAGUCUUAUCACUAGAAUUGUUCAUCAAACUUUCUGUAUAACAUAUUUUGACACUAUGUAGUGAGAAAGGUGAGCUGAUGAUUGUUAUUGUUACUUAUCAAAGUGGAAUAUUUGUACCACUUUUAUCAGCAAUUCAUCAAUAUUCAUAAAUAUUUGAUGAAAUCUCCCAUAAUUUCAAUAAGAAAUUAAUGUGUAUGAUAUCAACCUGGUAUUUACCAUCGAUGUUUAUGGUUUCAAAAUAUAAAUGGAAAAAAAAUCUAGCAGCAUAUUUAAUUUGUAAUCACUUUCCUUUAAAUGAUAUUGAGUGAGGUAAAUUUCUUGAAACCAGACUCUAUUUAUGUACUAAUGAAAACUUUCCAGUUCAUAAAAAUUACAAUAAGUACAAAGGUUUUGAAAUUAUUGAUUUGAACCUAUAUGAAUUCCCCUAUCAGGUCUACUGUCAUUUCAUUAUGUCAGUAUUUCAUUUACUACGAGUAAUACCAGUAUGCAGGAGAGAUCUGUUUUAUCAAAAAUGGCUACCAUUCACUGUGAAUUCAUUGUUAUCAUUUUGGUUUUUUUUUUCAAUUUUGAACUGAGACUGAUGUUUUCCCAAAGUUGUAUAAUUUAAAAUGUUUUAUAAUGGCUUAUAAAACAAUGCAUAUUAACAAAAUUUCAUUGAACCUUGCUAACCCUAGAAGCAUUUAGGAUUGUCCAACAAUUUAUACUUUAGAUGGACAAAUUAACUUUUUUUUGACAUAUCUUGUAGGUUUGUUUACAGUUCUACUUUGCAGGUAACCAAUGUAGCUAUAUCAUGUAGAACUGAAUCCAUGCAUGUAUUUGCUUCAUUAAGAGAGGAACGGUGGCAGGGUUGAGGAUGGAAUGGAGUUAGUACCACAUAAACUUGUUUGCUCAAACAAAAUAAGUUAUCAAUUUUCUCAUAAAUUUUUAUUAAUGAAUUUCUCUAUACAAUUUUCUUGUUCACAUUCAUCUGAAAUAAACUGAUUUUAAUGAA